AUGGUUUCUGGAAUUCAUGGAUAUUUAAGUGUUGUGAUCUGCUUCUUUGGUGUGCUGACAAACAUCUUCAACAUAACCGUUCUGAUGGCGAAAGACAUGCGAACUGCUACAAACUAUCUCCUAACGUUCAUUGCGGUAUCGGACAUCCUGACGAUGCUUCCUUAUAUACCGUAUGUGAUUAACUUCUACUGCCCGUUCACACAUCCGGAGGAGACGCCAUGGAAGUACACAUACGGAUGGGUGCUCUAUAUGGUGAUUAUGGUCCACCUUUUGGCCACGACACAUACAAUCUCCAUCUGGCUGGCUGUAACCCUUGCAGCUUUCCGGUUCUGCCAAAUCCGCUCACCGUGCCCUAGCGGGCCUCUAGCUAAAGAUCGAAGGAUUACCCAGGUAAAGAUUGCUUCCUUGGUGAUUUACCUAGCUUCAAUCCUUGUGCUCAUCCCAAACUAUGCUUACACUGAAAUUGAGCAAGCCUGGGUACCCGAAUCUAACUCUACCGUGUACACGAUAAAAGAGCAGGAAUUAGCCACGCCACGGACAGAAUACGCAGUGUUUAUAAACAUUUUAACCUACGCCAUUGUAGCCAAAAUCGUUCCCUGUGUUCUCAUCUUAAUCUUCAGCGGCUCGUUGCUCUACCACAUGGGGAUCAAGGCCGCACGCAGACGACAGCGUCUCUGCGCUAACCGGCAACAGGCCAACACUACACGGAUGCUUCUCGUCGUUCUCAUUCUCUUCAUCCUAACCGAGCUUCCCCAAGGGAUCGUGAUGCUCUUAAGUGCCACGGUUCCCGAUUUUAGCAACAAUGUCCACUUUCCCUUGGGGGACCUGAUUGACUUUAUAUCCUUACUCAACAACGCCAUCAACUUUAUCCUGUACUGUCUCAUGAGUCAGCAGUUUCGCAAAAAGUUCUUCAACAUCUACAUCAAACCGGUGUGUGAUAGAAGAGGUCAUGUUGCCACCUCCAAUUCUGAACUGCUGAUCCUCAGGGAGCAGGUGCCCCGAACCAUGACGAUGACCACUCAUGACGAUAAUGUCCGAGUUUGA